CGCGGGUACGCGAGACCGCGCAGUGCGAGUUGUACGAAUGCCAUAUUGGUAAGGUCGAAACUGUACGCGAUAUUUUAUUUUUUUCACUCGCCAAUUGUCGUUUUGAAAGAGUGAAACACAAUACGGAAAGUAGAGCAUAGUUGCUGGAAAAAGGACAAUUUUCAUAUUUUCAGACGGAUGAUUCAAUUUGGGAUAUUCUGACGAUAAAAUGUCUAGCAGAGAAGAAGUGUUCAAAGAAAAGGUUUUGAAGAAACUUUAUCAUUUCCAGUUGAAGAAUGUUACACCACAAAAACCUACAAAUGAAGAAAAAUGUAAUAUUACUACAAAAGAUGUUGAAAUAGUAGCUUCUGAGAGCAGCAAUGCAGAAAUCUCUGUUAAUUGUGAUUCAACAAAAAGGAAAGUGUACACAGUGUGUCUACCACCUAAUGACUAUAAACUGGGCAUAAUGGAAAAUGACGCACCAGCUGAGGACUCUUCCAGUCAAGAAGACACAGAAGAUGAUGAUGAUAACAUUAAAACAAAUAUACCUAAAAGAAAGAGAAGAAGAAAUAAGACUGGUAUAAAAAAAUUGUCAGCCUGUGAAACUAUUCAGAAUACUACUGACACAGAUUUGAGUUCUUUAAAAACCAGCAAGAACAGAAAGCGAAAGUUGAAAAAAAAGAGACACAAAGAAAAGCUUCAUUCUGCAGGGAUGUUGUGCAAGUCUGUUGCUGUGGAGUUUACUUAUCAACCAAAGGAAACAAAAAGUGCAACAGACGAUGAGAAAAUGAGUGAGGGGAAAAUAGCAGAGUUGCAGGAAUUCUUUCAGUCAACACUGGAGUUGUAUUUUGCAGACUGUUCAACUAAAAAUCCGGAGUCCAUAGUUUCUCCUUCAAUUUUUCAUCUCAUUCUCGAAAAGCUUUCCACUCGAGCCAUUGUCUCCUCAGAUAUGGCACUGCUAUUUCAAAUGAAAUCUUUCAUCCUCCAACAGGAUAUUGAAAAUCUAAAGAAUUCUCUGGAUACUUUUCAGACUAAUACAAAGAUGCCUCCUGAUGAGGCCACUGCAGUUUGUUCCCUCUUUAAUUACUGGAUGAAAGACAUCCUGCCUACCUAAAUUCAGAUUAUCACAUCUGAUUUUCUACAAUAGACAUUACAAAAAAUGUAACUUCAACUCAACAAAUCAACUUAUUUGUAUAGUGCCAUAUGCAACGAAAAUUGAAUGGAAAUAAAAACUAAACUGAGAGCUGACUAAAUGGACACUACUGGCAUUAAAAACAAUGCUGCUCAGCAUAUCUCCUAACUCAGUUAGUUAGGAUUUUUUUAUUUUAUUUUUUGGUCAGAUUUGCUAAACUUGUAUAUUUUUUGUACUUUUUUUUACCCUUUAGGCUUUUCUCAUCUCUUGUAUUUUUAUUUACAGGAAAUUUCCAUUAUCUGGCUUCCAAAAAAGAUACCCACAUUGAAAAUAUACAUUUCCACAUAAUAAACUUUAAUUUAUAAUUAAA